UGGUUGGUUUUCUAUUUUCCAUUCCUUUUUCUGGUCAUUGUGUCUGGUUUUUACAAAUGGUAACAUCGACUUGUUCUAUGAAUUAUAGAAAGUGAGCUUAUUUUAAUAAAUUUCUCACUAAAAUAGAAUAUACCCUUUACCCAAAAGACAGUGACAAACACCAACCUCAGCUUCUCACACUAGAAAGUCCCAAUCUCUGAGCUUGAUUUAUGAUAUGCUUUCUGGGGUUCUCUUUCUUUGAUAUUAUUUCUCUUGCGAGCUUUAACUGUUUCAUUAGUGUUUGAUAUUUGGUUCAUACUACAGAAUUUGUUUUCUGGUUCAUUACUUGUUCAAAAGAACAUAUAGGAUUUUCUUGACUUGAGUUGGUUCUAUUUGGUCAGCUGUUUGAUUUGUUUUCUGGUUUUUUCUUUGAAAGAGGAUAGAGUUGAAUGCAUUUUGUAUGAUAAAAGGCUUGACAGAAAAAAAAAAAAAAAAAAAAACACAGAAGGGAAAAAGAGUAUUUCAAGAGCCAAAAAAACUAAACUUUUCAAGUUCAAUAUGUCUGUUGCUUUGUUAUGGGUGGUGUCCCCCAGUUCUGAGGUCUCCAAUGGCUUUGGAUUCCUCGAGUCAGUCCGGGAGGGAAACCGGUUAGUAGAUUCACCAAAUUUGAUGUGUAAUGGCAGACUCAAGAAGGGUAAGAAGCAGAGGUGGAAUUGUAGCCCUCCCUAUGGUGAUUUGAGGUAUUCCUACUUGGGUGAGUCAGGGUUUGAGAAUGGAGCAAAAUUCCCAGUUCUUUCGAGCAUGGUAGCAAACCCGGCUCACGAAAUCGUGGUCACGUCGGAGCAGAAGGUUUAUGAUGUGGUGUUGAAGCAGGCAGCCUUGAUGAAGAAGCCGUAUAGUAGGUCUACUGAUGAUCUCGAUGUGAAACCGGAUAUUGUUCUUCCGGGGACACUGAGUGUGUUGAGUGAAGCUUAUGACCGGUGUGGUGAAGUUUGUGCAGAGUAUGCCAAGACAUUUUACUUGGGAACUCUGCUAAUGACCCCCGAGAGGCGAAGAGCUAUAUGGGCAAUAUAUGUGUGGUGUAGAAGGACAGAUGAGCUUGUUGAUGGGCCCAAUGCAUCACACAUAACACCUAAAGCUUUGGACAGGUGGGAGUCAAGGCUAGAAGAUCUCUUUCAAGGACGGCCUUUUGAUAUGCUUGACGCUGCUCUAUCAGACACAGUAAUGAAGUUUCCUGUUGAUAUACAGCCAUUCAAAGAUAUGAUUGAAGGGAUGAGGAUGGAUCUUAAAAAGUCGAGAUACAAAAACUUCGAUGAGCUAUAUCUCUAUUGUUACUAUGUGGCCGGGACUGUUGGAUUGAUGAGUGUUCCAAUUAUGGGAAUUGCACCUGAUACAAAGGCAACAACAGAGAGCGUCUAUAAUGCUGCCUUGGCAUUAGGAAUUGCAAAUCAGUUGACCAACAUACUCAGAGAUGUUGGAGAAGAUUCUAGAAGAGGAAGGGUUUAUCUACCACAAGAUGAACUGGCACAGGCAGGGCUCUCGGAUGAAGACGUAUUUACCGGAAAGGUAACAGAUAAGUGGAGGAAGUUUAUGAAGAGUCAAAUUAAGAGGGCAAGGAUGUUCUUCGACGAGGCAGAGAAAGGAGUCACAGAACUCAGCUCAGCUAGUAGAUGGCCGGUGUGGGCAUCGUUGCUGUUGUAUCGCCAAAUAUUGGACGAGAUUGAAGCCAACGAUUAUAACAACUUCACGAAGAGGGCUUACGUUAGCAAACCGAAGAAGAUACUUGCAUUGCCAAUUUCAUAUGCAAAAGCUCGUAUUCAACCAUCAAGAAGGUCAUCUGUUCUGGCAUAGGCGUGAACGGAACCAUAAAAAAGGGCUAGCAUAGUGUGCACGAGGCUCCCGCCAUUGCAUGAACAUAACCAUGAACAUCAAAAUUGUAAAACCGAUAGCAUUAUAUAAUUGGAGGUAAAGGGGGAGAUGUAUGUAUACUAAUGUUGUUGUAAUGCAGUGCAAAUUGAUUUCAUCAAUACUAGAAUAGCUUUUUUUCCUA